AUGUUCGCAAGAUCUUCAUUAAUCAGAUUAUUCUCGACGACCGGCAGAAACCUGGCAGAAGCCGAGAAAAAGGUGUCUAAAGAGGUAAGAACAUUAAAAAAGUAAACAUGCUUAAGUAGAAUUAAGCUUUCAGGCUCUGAUGACGCUCCGUAAGCGAACCGGAUACAGUUAUGUGAAUUGCCGGAAAGCUCUCGUGAAAUUUGGCGAAAACGACAUGGAAAAUGCAGUGAAAUGGCUGAAAGAAGCGGCCGCGAAGGAAGGAUGGGCGAAAGCGGCCAAGUUCGUUUAAAUUUUUGACUCCUAAAGCUAGAAACUGUGCGAAUACUUUAAUUUUUCCAGGCUCGGCACCCGUGUCACUUCCAACGGUCUCGUUUCUGUGGCCAGUGACAAAUCAACGGCGGCAGUGGUCGAAUUGAGCUGCGAGACCGACUUCGUGGCCAGAUCGGGUGCCUUUAAAGAUUUGCUCUCAAACAUUACCAAUUCGGCACUUGUCAAAGCUAAGAACGAAUCCGGAUCCGGCUCUUCGAAGCUUCACGAAUACUCGUACGAACUCGCGGAGCUCACCGACGCUGAAGGUAAAAACAUGCGUGAAGUUCUAUCUUUGGCGAUCGGAAAGCUCGGAGAGAACAUGGCUGUGAAGCGGGUGAAGGCGUACAAAGCUCCGGAAGGGACCACUCUCUACGGAGCAUCUCAUCCAAAGGACGGAACCGAGAAGUUGCCAAUGGGACGCUUCAUUUCGCUAGUGGCAAUGAACCAGUCUACGCCAGGUACCUAAAAAAAAUCAAACAUUUUCCUCUCGAAUUCGAAAAAAAGCUAAUGAUUUCUCAGGAUCAAUCAGCACCCAACAACUGGCCGGCCAAAUCUGCCAGCACAUCAUCGGAAUGUCUCCAGAAUCGCUCGGCGAGGCGACCGGAGCCGUGAAGAGCCAGGAGGUGCUGAGCACUCAGGAAGGACACGAUCCGGCCGCCGAUCCGGUCGUCGUCACCAACAUCGACGACUCGGAGACCGCGCUUCUCCGCCAGUCGUUCAUGCUGAAUCCGUCGCAAUCCGUCCACGAAUACCUGCAAUCUCACCACGCGAACGUGCUCGAUUUCGUGCGUGUCGAGCUCGGCAGCGAGCAAUAA